AUGCAAGACUCGAUAGUCAUUGUUGGGUCCGGGGUGAUAGGAUUGGAUGUUGCUCUCAUACUGGCUGAGAAAGGAUAUGGACGUCACACAACAAUCGUAGCGCAACACCUGCCAGGAGACACCUCCAUCAACUAUACAUCGCCCUGGGCCGGCGCAAAUUUUUCAGCGAUAUCUGGGAGUGAUGCACAUGCUCUUAUCUGGGAUAAGGCUGGGUAUCAACGUCUCAUGAAGCUUGCAGAUACCCAUGGAUCCGCCGCUGCUAUCAGUAAGACGCAAUCACUCGAGUUCUGGGAUGAAAAGCCAGCUGAGCAGAAACUGAAGUCUCUUGCGGGCUACUUGCAAGAUUUCACAGUGCUACCCUCACAUAAGCUCUUACCAGGGGUAAAGUACGGAAUCUCCUUUACUACCGUCACUAUCAAUGCUCCCAAACACAUCCAAUACCUCAAGCAUCAGCUCGAAAAGCAUGGCGUCAAGUUCCUCCGGUGUAAGCUCGAGCAUUUAGAUUCCGCUUUCUUGAGCGAACAUACAAAGGUUAUGUUCAACUGCACCGGAAACGGCGCGCGGCACCUUCCUGGCGUCGAGGAUGAGAACUGCUUUCCUGUCCGAGGCCAAAUCCUGCUCGCACGAGCACCGCAAAUCACCCAGAAUACCAUGCGCCAUGGCAAGGACUACGAGACGUAUAUCAUUCCGAGGCCUAACUCCAACGGCAACGUGAUUCUUGGGGGGUUUAUGCAGAAGGGCAACGGCACCGGUGACACUUUUGCCCAUGAGGCGGAUUCUAUCUGGACACGAACGACGGCACUGGAGCCCUCGUUGGACGUGCCGGAAACAGAGAUCCUGGCAUCGUUUGCAGGUCUCAGACCCGGGAGACUGGGAGGCGCGCGGAUCGAGAAAGUAGCGCGGCCUGAUGGCCGUAUCGUUGUGCAUAAUUAUGGAGCGGGCGGAACGGGCUACCAGGCAGGCCUGGGUAUGGCAAUGGAAGCAGUGGGACUUGCGCUUCCUUUCCUGCGGGAUUCCGUAGUUAGCUCGAACAAUGUUGAGAAAGCGAAAUUGUAG